AUGUCCAGACAAAAGCUUCAAAUCCGAGUCGCCAUUGACUCUCUCUCUCUCUCUCUCUCCACAUAUAUAUAUAUAUAUAUAUAUAUAUAUAUCUCUUGGUUCCUAGGUAAAACGGAGAACCCUCGUGAAAUUGCUGAUGGAGAUGACUCGGAUCUACCCUUCUUCGACUUUCGGACUGUAGCAUCAGGCACCAAAAAAAUUUCUGAUGACAAUAAGAUCGGAGAGGGAGGAUUUGGCACAGUUUACAAGGUAAAACGUUCGCGUGAUUGGCUCAUACAGCACAUUUUUUUUCUUUACGAUUCCUAUUUCAAUUGCAUUUUGAUAAAAAAUACGUGUGUUCAAUGAGAGAAACUCUAACUUGGAGAGUAUGCAAUGGCAGGGUACUUUGAAAGAUGGCCGAGAUAUAGCAGUUAAGCGGCUCUCAUGGGCCUCCGCCCAGGGGGUUAGAGAGUUCAUGAACGAGGUAAAGCUAAUGGUGAAUCUUCAGCACAAGAACCUUGUUCGGAUGUUGGGUUGCUGUGUUCGAGAUAAUGAGAAAAUGUUGAUUUACGAGUACAUGCCAAAUAAAAGCCUGAAAACUUUUAUUCGGUAA